AUGCAGGCUGCUGAGCUGGAUCCCCUUGAAAGCAGAGGCUUCCCCUUCCAGGCUGCGGUGGGCGCCAACUUCUCCUGGGACAACGGCACCGGGCACAAUGUCACCCUCCCCGAGCCGCUGCCACCCUUCUACGUGCUCCUGCCAACGGUGAUCUGUGCCAUGGGGCUGGCAGGUAACACAGCCAUCAUCUACGUGAUUCGGAGGGUGCCCAAGACGAAAACAGUGAGCAACGUGUUCACCUUGCACCUGGCCGUCACCGAUGGCCUCUUCACGCUGGUGCUGCCUGUCAGCAUCACGGAGCACCUCCUGCAGCGCUGGCCCUUCGGGGAGCCGCUCUGCAAACUGGUGCUGGCCAUCGGCCACUACAACAUCUUCUCCAGCAUCUACUUCCCGGCCACCAUGAGUGUGGAUCGCUACCUGGUGGUGCUGGCCACCACACAGUGCCGCCGGGUGCCCCAGCGCACCCUCCGCGGAGCGAAGAUCACCAGCCUCUGUGUCUGGAUCGGUGGCACCAUCGUGGUCCUGCCCUUCUUCUCCUUUGCUGGCGUCUACAGCAAUCAGCUGCGGGUCACGAGUUGCGGGCUGAUUUUCCCGCGGCCUGAGAGGGCCUGCUUCAAGGCCAGCCGCAUCUACAUGCUAGUCCUGGGCUUUGUGGUGCCCAUGUGUACCCUCUGCGUGCUCUACGUGGACCUGUUGCGUCGGCUGCGGGCCCUGCGGCUCCUCUCCAGAACCAAAGCUCUGGGCAAAGCCAAGCGAAAGGUGACCACCCUGGUCCCGGCUGUGCUGGCCGUGGGCCUGCUCUGCUGGACGCCCUUCCACCUGGCCUCCGUCGUGGCCCUGACCACAGACGUGCCCCAGACGUCACUGGUCAGCGGCAUGUCCUACAUCGUCACCAGCCUCAGCUACGCCAGCUCCUGUCUCAACCCUUUCCUCUACGCCUUCCUGGAUGAGAACUUCCAAAACAGCUUCCGCAGCACGUUCCGGUGCUCAGGGGCCUCAGCGCCCUCCGCAGAGCCCCCGUGUGUCUGCUAG